UUGCAGACACACACACAUACAUACCUCACACAGUGGCGCAACCAGAAGCCACACAUGCAGCUCACUCUCUCUCUUGCUCUCUUUCUUGCUCUCUCUCUCGUUCUUCUCUGAGAAUGGUCCACCCGGUGCCUGGGGCUCUGCUGUCGCGGCCUGCCGCCUGCAUCUGAUCUCACACACAUACACACGCACACACACAGUGAGACGGGCUCAUUAUUAAUCAUGAUGUGAGAGAUUUCAGAGCGGUAGGACCCAGUCAGGCACCCUGGGACUGCACAGGGGCGUGUGUGAGGGAGCGUAACUGUCUGCCAGAGAGAAAAAAGGCAAGAGAGAUGUUGACGCAGGUUUUCGCUUCUGUCCGACUGCGUCACUCUUCCCUUCAGUCAUGUGGGUACUAAAUAUUGCGCCCUCUCUUGCGUCUGCCGCUGCUUGGACCUGCUUAUAGUAUCAGCCACAGCUUUCUGCCCGCUUGCUGCACCACAACAGUAAAAAAAAACUCCCUGUGAAACCCUAAAGUCCUGCUAGUGACCCUAAACCACCCCGACCGCUCGAAAAGCAAAAGUGUGCACUGUUCAACCGGCCAACCGGAGCCUGAGGAUUUUUUGCUUUUGGAUCAAUUACUGCACUUUUCCUAACAACAGCAUUCUUGUUGCUCUGACCUGACGUGCAUUUCCAAGAAGAAGUGGAGUUAAAUGAUCUAAGAACAAGAGCGAUAUUUCAAGAAGGACAAACUCUGUCUUUGACAAACAUAUAAACACACAGUAGAUUGGGAUUUUAAGGAGUUGAAGAUCGCUGAAGCGUGCCGGCCCUGCUGUCGACAUGGCAAUGAACAUGGCUCACAUGCGGGACACGAAAUGGUUGACGCUGGAGGUGUGUCGAGAGUUUCAGAGGGGGACGUGCUCUCGCUCUGAUGUCGAGUGCAAGUUCGCUCAUCCCGCCAAGAGCUGCCAGGUGGAGAACGGACGAGUCAUCGCUUGCUUUGAUUCGCUGAAGGGACGUUGUUCCAGAGAGAACUGUAAGUACUUGCACCCUCCUCCUCACCUGAAGACACAGCUGGAGAUAAAUGGUCGUAAUAAUCUGAUCCAGCAGAAGAACAUGGCAAUGCUCGCUCAGCAGAUGCAACUAGCCAAUGCCAUCAUGCCUGGAAGUCAGCUUCAGCCAAUGCCUAUGUUUUCGGUCACGCCAAGCCUCGCAACCAACGCCAGCGCAGCUGCUGCUGCAGCCGCUGCGGCCGCAUUUAAUCCAUACCUGGGUCCGAUGUCACCUGGCCUGAUGCCUGCAGAGAUUCUACCCAGCGGACCCAUGUUGAUGGCGGGCAGUCCCGGGGUCGCAUCCGUGCCCUCUGGCUCCAACGCCGCAUCUGCCGCUCAGAAACUCCUUCGAACAGACCGCCUGGAGGUGUGUCGUGAAUACCAGCGUGGUAAUUGCUCUCGCGGGGAGACGGACUGCAGGUUUGCCCACCCUGCUGACAGCACAAUGAUCGAUCCCGGUGAUAACACGGUGACCGUCUGUAUGGAUUACAUAAAGGGUCGCUGCUCCAGAGACAAGUGCAAAUACUUUCAUCCUCCCGCACACCUGCAGGCCAAAAUCAAAGCCACCCAGCACCAGGUGAACCAGGCCACGGCCGCUGCGGCAAUGACUCAGUCGGCUGUCAAAUCACUGAAGCGACCCCUCGAAGCCACCUUUGACCUGGGAAUUCCUCAUAGCGUCAUGCCGCCUUUACCAAAGCGACCUGCGCUUGAGAAAGCCAACGGCGCCACUAGCAUGUUCAGUACUGGCAUGCUUCAGUACCAACAAGCUCUGGCCAACAUGCAGUUUCAGCAGCAGGCUGCCUUUUUCCCAUCAGGCUCAAUAUUGUGCAUGACCCCUGCAGCGAGCAUGGAUGGAAUUUUUUAUCUGGUUCCACACAAAGUAACAGAAAAUAUGACUAAAGUUCCCAUGAUGCACGGCGCUUCCCCGGCCGCUGUGUCUGCAGCGUCCACAUCUGCCACAAGUGUUCCCUUCGCAUCUGCAUCAGCCAAUCAGUAUUUUGAGGACUCUUCUCUAUCAAAGCUGACUACCAACGAAUACAUGCAGUUGAUUCCAAUAAUAUCUGCAGAGCAUCUGACUAGUCACAAGUACUUGACACAGAUGUAGUCCCAAUCCAACAAUCAAGGGAAUGUGCUGUUCCUGUCAAAUGUCAACCAGCCAAAAUUCAAAAUAUUAACACCCCGGACAAGUUCAGCUUUGAAGAUUACAAUUUGGUCAUAUUUGAGGUUGAUUGUAGACUUUAACAACACAGGGUGAAACUGUGUCGCUCUGUGUGAUGUGUACAACUCAGAUUAACUACAAUACAUCAAUAUGUUAGAUGAUUUAAAACUUUUACUCUCAACUGGAGAAUUAUUAGAAAAAGUUGUUUUUUUUAUCACGUCUGACCCAACACAGUUUUGGCAUGUUUGUAGACCAAGAGAUUUUUUUAAUUUUUUUGUGAUUUAUGAUUUGUUUUCUGCCAAAUUUAUCUGAAGGUUUACAAAGAUAGUAAAAUAAUUAUGAAUAUGGCACAAAUCAUCCAUUGAAAUAUCUCAAUGUAUGUUAUCUCGAUCUCAUCUUCUGGCUUCUAGUCAAACUAGAUUGUAAACACAGAGUCAGGAUCGGACAUGACGGAUGAAUGUCUAGGGUAGAAACCGAUCACCUAAAACUUUUCAAAAGCACAUUCUGGCGAUAACCACGAUCUGAAUACCAUACGCCAAACCUAGAGUGUUAUAUCAACAGUGUUAUUAUGUUUACUAGAGAUUCAUGUUUUUUACAGCGCUUGUUUUUAUACAUAAUUUCACGACGUGUGUGGGUUUUUUAUGAAACAUGCCAUUUGGAUUUAGUUUGUUGAUCAUCCGUUAGGCCUUGCAGAACUCUGAAGCCUUUUUUGACUCCUACGAGAACAGGGUCGCCUUGUUCCUAAUGCCCUGUUUCUUUCAAUUGCCUUGAUAGACAGAAUGUGAAACGGAGAAAUCGAAUCGAUAGUCACCGAGUGUCUUUAGGAGGUCGAGGUAGACUCGACAUCCCGCUUAGGCUUGAAAUGGAGCGACAGCGCUCAAGUCUUCACGAUCGAGCGUGAGGACUCUAAAACUGAUGCUGGAGAAAGCGCUGCUUGUUUGAGAUUGUGAGCUUGUGUAGGUACAUGAAAAGACGAGGUUAGCGAUGGGUCAGGGUUUAUCUUCAGUUCUCAUGUUUGUUGAUUUUGAUUUGUUACUUUUUGGACUUAAUCUAAGACAACGUCAUUUAGUGGCUGUAUAACAGAGUAUAAAAUGAGACGUUUUUACUAUUAAGUUGUGCCAAAGUUUUUAUUUUAUUUAAAUGCGUUUUUAAUGGGUAUGUGAUUAUGAAAGGUGAAUCAUUUGUAUAGCCUGAUUUUACAUACAAAGCUGCUUGUGUACGCUGGCCAAAGGCAGAUCCAGUAAACCAGGAGACAGAUCAUUCACAUUAAUGUUCACAGAUGUGUUCACAACCAGACAAAAAAGUUUUUCAGCUCGGCUGACUGCUAAUUCAAGAUCACUUGAGUCUGGAUUACAGGUUUGGUUUUAGGUGCACAGAUUCAUAAAGAUGCACAGCAUUGCAGUUUUCUCACUAAAGCCUUAUAUUUCAGUGUUUGAACCCACACAGACAUUCAAUCACAAACCCAAAAUGACAUCUUAUAUUUUAUUGACUUUAUUAAUCAUGUUACACUUAACGUUCACUCUUUUAUUUCAAAUCUUUUUUUUUAGAAAUUUAUUGUGUUAUUGUUUGCAUAUAAAGUUGUGAAAUUCAUUUUUUGUAUUUGACAAUGUUGUCAUCGAGCUGUUUUAGACUGUAGGAAAUGAAAUAUUUCUUCUUACCGUCACUUCUUUUACAUCAUGUUAAGUUCAUGUUUAGUUAGUAGUGUUGUAUACUUAAUCCUUCAUGUUAUAUUUCAUAGUAGACUGUUUGAAAUUUCAGAUUUAAGGUUUUGAAUUUGUUGAACAAAAUGUUUUCUUUCAUGUUGUCUUAAAAAAAAUGAGUGAAAAGAGAGAAAGAAAAACGUAACGUAAGAAAUAAGAAUUGUACUAAAGGAAGUUAUUUUCUACUGUAUCAUUUCAGAAUUUUAAAUCGUGUUGUGAUAUUUAAAAAAGAAAAGACAGAAAAAGUAAAAAAACAUCCCUCAAUAUCAGGCCAAACAAGAGCAGCAACAUUUCUGAAUAUUUAAAUCUAUAAAAACAGAUGGGUUUGUCCUCUGGAUGUAAAUGAAAGAGAGAGAGAGAGAGCCAUAACUUAAGGGACGAAGGUUGACUUUUUGCACUUCUUGUACAUAGUCAAUAUAAAGAAAAGAAAAUGAACAUGUAUAAUAUUGAGAUCUUAUUUUGAAUAAUAAAAGAUUGUAUAACUAUGAGAACAUUUUCUUAGGAUAAUUUAAGAAUUAGAGUAAUAGUCCAGCUAACAAAUAACGCUUGCAGAAAUGGCACGCAGCUGUUUUAUUAUAAUUUUCGGCCAAUCACAGUACAGAUAAUAAAGCUCAGUGUUGACUGCACAAUGAGAUUCAUCAGAAUUGACCGUACACAACGUAUGUCUCUACAUAGUUUCCACUGUGAGAAAUCGACUUUGGUUUAUCUUCAAAAACACAGUAUUUGUCAUAUGAUGGACAGAAGUAACUGCAUGAAGAAGAAAAAUCGUAAUUUUCAUCAUAGAUAAGUAGCUAAGUUCAUUUCUCACAGUAUCGUAACUAUCAUUGUCACAGCGUAGUGUAUAUCAAGUUAUAAACAGUAAAUAUCUCAAUACAUUGACUGAUCCGAGUAUAGCAGCAGUGAAAACAAUAGGAUUAUAAAAUCAGCUCGAGAUGUUAAGAAAAGACGUCCACAUAACUCACAGCACACACAUGAAAGAGUUGCUUUGUGCCUUCAGCAGGGAAAGGACACAAAGCACAGAGGAAAAAAACUAAAUGAAUGUACCUGUCAAAUCCUCCAGCACUGAGGUCAGCGUUUCACUCAUUUCAGGUUGCUGCACAAUAGCUAUGAAACCAAAGCAUCACUUUUCCAAAACUAAACUCAAUGCCUGAAAGCUGUCAGUUGUGUUCCAGUUAAACCACACAGGUGAUCUUACCUGCUGAAAGCACCUGCUCGAUGCUUAACAUCCUCCAUGAAUCUUACACCUCACCUUUGCUUAUAGUUGCUGUAAGAUAUUGUGCUGCAUUCUGAAAGACUUCUUGUUUUAUGCACAUUUAUUAUUGUUAGAGUCGACUCUUACUGUUAUGAGUAAAACUAAACUUAAUAAAACACAAAUGGAUUUGAUCAA